UCUAAAACCCUAUGCUCUGUUCCAGUUGGUGGCAGCCAUUCAAAUACUUCUUUCUUCUCUAUUCCCCCCUUCUCCUCUUCUUCUUUUCCAUCUAAACGACUCUUCAACUUCAUCUCCACCAUGCACCGCUUCGCCUCUGGCCUUGCUUCCAAAGCCAGGUUGGCUAACAACUCUGCUCGCCAGAUCAAUUCUAGAUUCAACUCCAGUAGGAAUUAUGCAGCGAAACACAUUAAAUUUGGGGUUGAAGCACGCACCUUGAUGCUUAGGGGUGUCGAAGAGCUUGCUGAUGCUGUCAAAGUUACAAUGGGUCCGAAAGGACGUAACGUAGUCUUAGAGCAAAGUUUUGGUGCUCCAAAAGUGACAAAAGACGGUGUUACUGUUGCAAAGAGUAUUGAGUUCGAAGAUAAAGUGAAAAAUGUUGGGGCCAGUUUGGUGAAGCAGGUUGCAAAUGCUACCAAUGAUGUGGCAGGAGAUGGCACAACGUGUGCAACGGUUCUUACUCGUGCAAUAUUUACUGAAGGAUGCAAAUCUGUGGCUUCUGGAGUGAAUGCUAUGGACUUAAGACGUGGGAUUACUAUGGCAGUUGAUUCUGUUAUUACAACUCUGAAGAGCAGAGCGCGAAUGAUCAGCACAUCUGAAGAAAUAGCACAGGUUGGAACUAUAUCAGCAAAUGGAGAACGAGAGAUUGGUGAGCUAAUAGCUAAGGCCUUGGAAAAAGUAGGCAAGGAAGGAGUUAUUACCAUUUCAGAUGGUAACACACUUGAUAAUGAAUUGGAAAUUGUUGAGGGGAUGAAGCUGGAUAGGGGUUAUAUAUCUCCUUAUUUUAUUACCAACCAGAAAAACCAAAAAUGUGAAUUGGAAGAUCCACUAAUUUUAAUUCACGAGAAGAAAAUCUCAAAUUUAAAUGCUGUGGUAAAAGUCUUGGAGUUGGCACUGAAGAGACAAAGACCUUUACUUAUUGUUGCUGAGGAUGUGGAAAGUGAAGCAUUAGCUACUCUUAUUUUAAAUAAGUUACGCGCUGGUAUAAAGGUUUGUGCAAUCAAAGCCCCCGGGUUUGGAGAUAAUAGGAAGGCUGGCAUGCAGGAUUUGGCAAUUCUCACAGGAGCUCAAGUCAUAACCGAGGAACUUAGUCUAAACCUUGAAAAAGUUGGUUUUGAAUCACUUGGCUCCUGCAAAAAGGUUACAGUGUCAAAAGAUGAUACUGUAAUUCUUGAUGGGGCUGGUGACAAGAAGGCAAUUGAAGAACAGUCUGACCAGUUGAGAUCCUUGAUUGAGUUGAGCACUUCAGACUAUGACAAGGAAAAGCUGCAAGAACGGCUUGCAAAGUUAUCUGGUGGAGUUGCUGUUCUUAAGAUUGGUGGGGCUAGUGAGGCUGAGGUUGGGGAAAAGAAGGACAGAGUUACUGAUGCAGUUAAUGCUACCAGAGCUGCCGUGGAGGAGGGAAUUGUAGCUGGUGGUGGUGUUGCUCUGCUCUAUGCAUCAAAGGAGUUGGAGAAGUUGCAGACGGCAAAUUUUGAUCAGAAAAUUGGUGUUCAAAUCAUUCAAAAUGCUCUAAAGAUGCCUAUUUAUACAAUUGCUUCCAAUGCUGGAGUUGAAGGAGCAAUAGUGAUUGGCAAGCUACUACAACAGGACAACCACGAACUCGGAUAUGAUGCAGCUAAAGGUGAAUAUGUAGACAUGAUCAAGGCUGGCAUUAUUGAUCCCUUGAAAGUUAUCAGGACCGCCCUAGUAGAUGCUGCAAGCGUAUCUUCGCUAAUGACAACAACAGAAGCCGUGGUGGUCGAACAACCUAACGAUGAGAAGGAAGCCACACCAUCUAUGGGAGGCAUGGGUUAUUGAAACUGAACCAGCUGACUCUGAUUCGCUAACAAUUGAUCAUUUAUUUGCAAAUUGAUUACGUUCUUGAGAAAAUUUUGACAAGAACAGCAUGUUAACACAUUUUUUUUCUCGAGGCAUAAAAUCAUUGAUUUUAAUAUGGAAAAUUCUUGGUACAUUUCUCCUUGUAUCUUUGUCAUUUUCUUUUUCUAUAGUAUCAUAAUGCACCCAAGGGAAAGGUCUGGAUUUGUACUUGCAA